CUUUUAGGAAGCGAAGUUGGAGAAGACGUCAGCGUUCAAAAUCUCAUGUCCAACCCUGGCAGCUGGCGUGGGCGAGCGCAUCAGAUUCUUGUCCUGCAGGGCAAAGUCCGGGAGCUGGAGAGCCAGCUGGGCCACGGCAAAAGCAGGACGGCGCUGAGCUGCGGAGAUGAAGACGCCGCCAUCCUCACUGGCCCAGGGAAGACGUCUGCCCAGAGGAACCUGCUACGGAUCCGGAGCUUGGAGAGGGAAAAGAAGGAAGCCCUGGAGAAGGUUACCAGUGAGCACAGCGCCCUCCAGAAGGACCACGAGGAGGUGAAAAAGAAGCUGGACGCUUCCAAAGCGAGGAACCAAGUGCUGUCCAGCGAAGUGAAAACCCUGAAGGAGCAGAUCUCAACCCUGCUGGACAAAGGGAAGCACGACGAUGAACUCAUCGACGCCCUGAUGAGCCAGCAGAAGGGAAUGCAAGUCAUCCUGAAGAACCUGAGUCAGGAGGAAGAGAUGAACAAGGAAAACCGGCAGAGCCUGGGGCAGCAGCUGAAUGCCCAGGGGCAGACGCAGAACUGCGUAAUCGGACAGCUCAGGCAGAUGUUGGCCGAGCGAGAGGCUCAAGUGAGGGAGCUGGAGGAGAAGGUCGGGCAGCUCACGUCCUCGCAGCAGCAUCUCCAUCAACCGGAGGAAGGCAGAUCCGAUUCCGCUUCUCCUCUGUCCGCAGAGUCUUUGGAAGAAGAGAAUUUCACGUCAGCAUCCAGGAAGGGGGAUCACGUUGGCGGGAACGCUUCCACGAAGUUCGUGUCUCACAUGGGGCACACCCUGGUGGACUCUGCCGCAACUUCGUGUCCGGCCACCGUCUCUCUUGGCAGGCCCAUCGAGCCCGAUGACUUGGACGCGAAAGUCUUGAAUGUCCAGAUCGCGGAGUACAGAGCUCUCCUCCUGGCUGCUGAGCUAGAGCAGGAGAGGCUGGUCCAGUUGGUCGGGGUCCUCCAGAAAAGGCCCAUCGAGCCUGAUGACUUGGACGCGAAAGCCAUGAAUGUCCAGAUUGCGGAGUACAGAGCUCUCUGCCUGGCUGCUGAACUAGAGCAGGAGAAGCUGGUCCAGCUGGUCGGGGUCCUCCAGAAAAGCCUGGGUCAACUGUUCCCUUUCACAGCGGACUCUGCAUCCACAGGUCAGACCGUCGGUAGCACCAGGCUCAGCUGGAGUGCAAAUGAGAAGAAAGAUCCUCCAUCUGCUGAACUCACAGAAGUGCCCUUGGAGUCCCAAGUAGAAGACCUGUCCGCAAGGCUCGCAGUCCAAAUGGAUGAGAACGCAGGCUUGAGAUCUGCCUUGGAGAACCUGGUGAAGAUCAAAGAGGAGGACUUCCGGGCGUACCAGGAGACCAUGGGCCAAGUGAAGGCGAUCUUCCUUCAGGCGCUGAGGCAGCAGAAGCAGGAGCGGAGCUAAGCCUGGUCCAUCCAGAGAGCCCUGCCAGGGGAAGGGGAGUCGUCAGGGAACCCCGGCCCUCCAUUGGGACCCCAUGGU